AUGCCUCGAACGAGGUCAACAAAGCCGGCUGCGACCGAAUCAGCAGACGCUCCCACCUCGAACUCAACUUCCAAACACACUCUUACUCCCAGAGAAGGCCCAUCACCAAAUGUAUUCAUCUUCCCAAAAGCCGCAACAUCAGAGGCGCGCAUUGUUACUUUGCCCCAUCCACGACAUGGCAGCCCAUCGCGAUAUCUCGUGUGCCCUACGGCCGGCAUCCACGAAUUCACAAAGAUUUCAGCCCCAAAGUCGGCGCCGCGAAGCUGGCUAAUAGAAAAUAGUGGGAAACCAGGCGAUGACGAUGCAGAUAAGAAGGAAUCAAACGCAUCCAUAAAUCUAAUAUCCUCCUCCGACAUGUUUGUCGCAACGUUGAUAGAUCCGCUGUUUUUGGUGCUACCAUCAUUGACUGGUGGCAAAGUCGAAAAGGGCUCGGGUGAGAAAAAGAGGAUGUUCUUGUCUACCGACGACCAUUUCGAUAAUCUACCAGAAGAGAGCUCCCAUUUGUCUGAAAUAUUGCAGUUGGGAGCAACAAGGGAGCUGAUUGAGUCAAGAAUGGAGGUCAUUUGCGAUACUGUCGACGCAGGGGACGAGAAAAUGUUCCGACUCAGCGAGAAGAAGCUCCUCGCUACGAUACUAGAAAAGGCCAAGAGGCUGAGCGACGGUGGACUGCCAGCAAGUCUGGAGGAGAAGUUCGUCAAGAGGGCCUUGGAGGCACCCAUUUUGCUACAACGCAGCAGCCUGGCGGCUAAGUCUGGCCAAAGUCAAACCCAAACGAUAACUGAGAUUGUCAUAGAAUCCGAGGUUUCAACCCCUCUAACCGACUCUGCUCAGUCUCAGUCAACAAUUGCCACGGCAGACUCCAAUUCCUCGUUUGCAUCGCAACCCUCAACAGCGGCGACAUCCUUUGUUGAGUCGGAGCAAGCCCAAGAUUCCAACUUGACCGCAAUUCAAGCAACCCCGGAAGUCACCUCGCUCCAACGACUCCGUGUCGCCUUCGACUUUAUUUGUUCCCGGUAUAUCCCUGCCGAGACUACGGAACAGCUAAAAGGCUACCUCUCACAAGCAGACAUAUGCUCAAUCGAUUUUUCACAACUAGAUAAGUACCUAGCCAGACUGGCUGAGCUGCGAGCUGAAGCUAUUUCCGCCAACUCGGCAGCCGAUUACUCGAGGAAGAGAAUACGGGAUGAGGAAGAAGACGAGUUGCGCCAAGAGAAGAAGCGCAAAAUGGAAGAGGAGAAAAAGCGCAAGGCUAACGAGAGUCGGGGUGUAAGAGAUCUCAAAAAGGUCAACACAAGCGGGAUGAUGAAGCUCAGUCAUUUUUUUAAGGCGAAAUAG